UACACACAAUAAUUAUCUGGACGCCGCAUAUCUAAAAAAUUAUUUCCAUGAAACAUUUAUGAAUCCAAAACCCGUGUUAUUAGAUUCUAAUAAAUGUCCCUGUCUCCAACCAAACUUCCUUAUUUAAAGAACUCAGAUUCUCUAUUUUUUUCACCUUUCUAACACAUUUCAUGGCUUCAUGGCUCCCUUAUGUCAUAAACUCUUCCUCCUUCUUUUUCCACUCCUCUUCUCACUCACUCUAUCUCUCAACACAAACACUUCCACAACCACAACAUUAAAUCCCAAACUCACUUCCUUAAAAUCUUUUUGCACAACAACACCAUACCCAAAACUUUGUUUCAACUCAUUAAAACUAUCCAUUUCAAUAAACAUAAAUCCAAACAUCAUAAGCUACCUCCUUCAAUCACUUCAAGUAGCAAUAUCAGAAACUACAAAGCUCUCUAAUCUUUUCCACAAUGUUGGUCACACAAACAUCAUAGAAAACCAAAAAGGUUCAAUCCAAGAUUGCAAGGAACUUCAUCAAUCCACUUUGGUUUCAUUGAAAAGAUCAUUAUCUGGAAUUCGUUCUGAAAACAAAAGAAAGAUAGCUGAUGCUAGAACAUACUUAAGUGCAGCACUUACCAACAAAAACACAUGUUUAGAAGGACUUGAUUCUGCUUCUGGUAACCUUAAACAAGAUCUUGUAAAUUCUGUUAUUGAUACUUACAAACAUGUAAGUAAUUCUCUUUCUAUGCUCUCUAAACCUGGAUUGGUAGCUCCAAAUCAAAAGGGUCAUAAGAAUCAAAUGAAUGAUCCAAAAUGGUUUUCAAAAAAUGGUAUUUUGAAAACUUUAGAUUUGGAUGAUUAUGACCCAAAUGAAGUGCUUGUUGUGGCUGCAGAUGGAACUGGAAACUUUAGCACAAUCAAUGAUGCUUUAAACUUUGCUCCAAAUAAUAGCAUGAUUAGGAUAGUGAUUUAUGUGAAAGAAGGUGUUUAUGAUGAAAAUGUUGAAAUACCAAGUUAUAAGAGUAACAUUGUUAUGCUUGGUGAUGGAAGUGAUGCUACUGUCAUCACUGGGAACAGAAGUGUUGUUGAUGGAUGGACCACUUUCAGAUCUGCAACUUUAGCUGUAUCUGGUGAUGGUUUCCUUGCAAGAGACAUAGCAUUUGUGAACAGAGCAGGUCCAGAGAAACACCAAGCAGUAGCCUUAAGAGUAAACGCAGAUUUAACAGCAUUUUACAGGUGUGCAAUUUAUGGUUAUCAAGACACACUUUAUGUUCACUCAUUUAGACAAUUCUAUAGAGAGUGUGACAUUUAUGGUACCAUAGAUUUCAUAUUUGGUAAUGCAGCAGUAGUUUUACAAGAAUGUAACAUUAUAUCAAGAAUGCCAUUACCUGACCAAUUUACUGUCAUCACUGCACAAUCAAGAGAUAACCCAGAUGAAUACACAGGAAUCUCAAUCCAAAAUUGUUCGAUUUUAGCGACGGACGAACUUUAUUCAAAUUCUAGUAGAAUCAAGAGUUACCUUGGAAGGCCAUGGAGGGUUUAUUCUAGAACUGUUUUUAUUGAGUCUUAUAUUGAUGACUUUAUUGAUCAAAAGGGUUGGACAAAAUGGUCAAAUGAUCAAGAUUUGGAUACUUUGUUUUAUGGUGAGUAUGAGAAUUAUGGACCUGGUUCAAAGAUUGAUAAUCGUGUUGAAUGGGUUGGUUAUCAUUUAAUGGAUUAUAACGAUGCUUAUAAUUUCACUGUUUCAGAGUUUAUUAGUGGUGAUGAAUGGCUUGAAUAUACUUCAGUUCCUUAUGAUGAUGGGAUUUGAUAUUAAUUUAAGAGCUAGAGGAUAUAGCUAGUUUUGUUUGUUACAUUUUAUAGUAAUGUUAUUUGUGGCCUAAUUAAUGUAGUUGCCAGAUUAACAAUGUAAAAGAAAAAUGUUUAUGGCUAAUUACAUCAAGCACAUGUGAGAAUUCUUAUUAGUUGCUUGUAACAUUAAUGUAUGUAUUUAACAUGACUGGAUGUGAACUCGACUUUAACAACUCUCA